CAUAAUUUAGCAUUGCCAGAAGUAGCAUUGCUCUAUUCCUUCUCCGCCAGCGACAAUCGCAUUGCCUUCCCAAACAAACAAACAUGAAGCUCUCUACCUUCUGCGUCUCCUUUCUUCUUGCGGCGCGCCUUGUGUCUGGCGAUACUAGGGCUUCCGCCUUUGCAUCGCCUUCCAACGAUCGAUCGGCAGUCAAUAUCAGCGGAGGCGCCCAAAUCAAAACGACACGCUGGGCGCCCUUUGCGCGGUUGUCGACCACUCAUCGUCCUUCGGUCAUGAUCUCCAUUGAUGACAUUCCAUCCAACACUGCCGAUGAUACGCUCAAGACUGGUGACAUCCAAUCUUGGUGGGGCAAUGUGCGAACCUCCUUGUCCCCCGACGACGAAGACGGCGUCACGUUGAAGCAAAAGUUGGCCAAGAAGGGUUUCGCUGCCUUUGCCACGUACAUUUUCUUGGGAAACUUCUCCAGCGUUUCUCUCUUGUCCUGCGCCUGGUAUGUGUUCUCGGUCCGGACAGGUGUCAGUCCCAUUGCUCCUGGUCAAUGGAAGCCAUUCUUGGCGGUCCUUUCUGGAUUCUUGGCGAUCAAUGUAGCUAUCAAACCUGUCAAGAUUAGCGUGGCAUUGGCAGCGACACCUCUGACAGAGCGCGCCAUGGGCUGUUUGAAGCACAAAUGUCAUGGUUCCAAGAGCCUUACCACUGGAUUGGUCCUGUCCUUUCUCAUUGUGGCGGCUUUGUGUUCUUUGAGUGGUGGUGUCAUUGUAGCCAGCACUUUGGCAGGAGUUCCCGUCUUUGCAUCCUGAUCAUCAUCAAUCAUCAUCAUCAAGAGAUACCGUUAUCUUUUGUACCCUGACUAUCCAGUUUGGGGGACUGUAAUCAUAGAAUAGAAUUGAAAAAGGCAGCACAAACAGCAAUUUCGCCGCCAACCGCAAACAACACAUACCAACGCAAACAGACUAGGCACUUCUACAACACAAUCAUAUGAAUAGAUUUUUUGUUAUAGCUGCAUUAGGCUUCUUAGAAAAAGUAAGUAAGUAAAGCAAUCACACAACGGU